GGCGGCGGGAGCCGGAGCGGCGGGCCGGGCAGCCGCACCAGCAAGCGGACGAGCGGGCGGCGAGCAACGCGGAGCGCACGGGGCAGCGCGGAGGGAGCGCAACGCGCAGCGGUCGGAGCCGAGAGGCCAAAGCGGCGCCGCCCCCGCCGUCCCUGCGAGGCCCCGGCCGGGAUCCCGACGAGGGAGCCGGCGGCAUGGCCGGACAGCCCGGGGCGCGGGGGCGCUAGGUCCCGGGCGGGUGCCCAUUGCCUCGCCGCCGCCACUGCGCGCCGCACCGCGCGCCCCGCCCGCUCCAGCCGCCCCCGGGGCCGCCGGCGGCCCAUGAGCCCCGGCCUCAAAGUUUGCGGCGGGCGGGCGGGCGCGGAGCCUCCAAGAUGCCGUUCCACCCGGUGACGGCGGCGUUGAUGUACCGGGGCAUCUACACCGUGCCCAACCUGCUGUCGGAGCAGCGCCCGGUGGAUAUCCCUGAAGACGAGCUAGAGGAGAUCCGAGAGGCCUUCAAGGUAUUCGACCGAGAUGGCAAUGGCUUCAUCUCUAAGCAGGAGCUGGGAACGGCCAUGCGCUCCCUGGGCUACAUGCCCAACGAGGUGGAGCUUGAGGUUAUCAUCCAGCGGCUAGAUAUGGAUGGUGACGGCCAAGUCGACUUUGAGGAGUUUGUAACGCUCCUGGGACCGAAGCUUUCCACCUCAGGGAUCCCAGAGAAGUUCCACGGCACGGACUUUGACACCGUCUUCUGGAAGUGUGACAUGCAGAAGCUGACGGUGGACGAGCUGAAACGACUUCUCUAUGACACCUUCUGUGAGCACCUGUCCAUGAAGGACAUAGAGAACAUCAUCAUGACGGAGGAGGAGAGCCACCUGGGCACGGCUGAGGAGUGUCCCGUGGACGUGGAGACCUGUUCCAACCAGCAGAUCCGCCAGACGUGCGUGCGCAAGAGCCUCAUCUGCGCCUUCGCCAUCGCCUUCAUCAUCAGUGUCAUGCUCAUCGCGGCCAACCAGGUGCUGCGCAGUGGCAUGAAGUAGGCGCCCGCGGUGCCCACCUGGCCCGCUCCACACCCACCGCUGCCUGCAGCCCUCCCCUAGCUUGCUCCCUGGGCCACCGCCCCUGGGCAUUUCGAGCCUGGACAUUGACCACCCCAAACCUCACCCCGUAGGCCUUGCAUGGAGCCAUAGCCCAGCUGUGGAGGACCGGGUGGUGGCUUUGAGGACAGCCCUAGCCCUAAACCCUGCCUGUGCCCUCACCUGGCCUGUAUGUAGCGCUCACUUCCCACCACUAAGGAGCUCCUGGAAAAGGAGCCCCAGGAUCCAGUUAGUGCUGUGAUCUUUUAGCCAGGCAAGGAACUCAUGUCCAGAGUAGUGGGCAGGGUGGAGGUGGGCACAGGGCUGAGGCUACUGGGUCUCCUUCUCUGACACUCCUUAGACCCAAAGCCAGUCCUCCACGUACCUUCUGGGGCCUGUGUCUGCCCAUUUCACAGGUGAGGAACCUGAGGCUUUAAGGCUUUGAGAUUUGGCUUCAGACUCUUCUUCCACGGGGCUUUUCAGGAAAGGCAGAUGCCCAUGCAAGAUGGGGCAUGAGAGAUAGCCCCUAGGCCCAUGAAUUUCUGAGCCAUCCACCAGAGGCCUAGAGACCAAGGGCCACAUUGUCACCUAGCACAGAACCUAGAAACCCAACUGAGGAAGGAAGUGCAGAUCCUGCAGCCCUUGUGACUCCCCACUGGCCAGGGUGCAACCUUGGAAGGCCCUGAGCCACUCCCUAGGGAGCCACUCCCCUGAGGGUCUGCCACAGCCCUGUCAGUGGCUACAGACCACUCUUCCAAGUCCAGGGCCUGCCCUCUUGGGAACCCUACUUCUCUGUUCCCUCCAGGCCAGAGAUCUGGCUCUCAUGCUCCCCCACCCCCCUCAUGCCAUUCCUUGGCACCAGCUCAGCCUGGGCAGAUGCAAGCCUUCAGCUCUUCAGGGGCCGGGACGAUUGGCAGUCCUCGGCUCCCUUCCCCAGCCUGGGGCCACUUACUAGCUGGGCUGCCGCCACACUGGCAUACGCUGUGCCCAGCCUGGCUGAGCCUCUGCUGAUUCCCUAAGCACCCAGGAGGGGAUAUUGUCUCAUUCCAGCCCACCUGUCUCCUGAGGGAGGCAGGAAAGAGUCAAGAACAGGAGUGCCAGCAAGACAGACAGGCCAGCCACUGAGGAAAGACUUUCUUUAUAAACACUGGAAUGUUCUUCCUGAGAAAUGGCCUGAGGGAUGGUGAGUGGAUGGGGAGGCCAGGCUCAGAGGCCCCAGGGCAAACAGAGGGAAGGCGGCUCUGCUUCCUAGGUUGAGUCUUUGCUAUGACUGAUGAGGCAGGUGGGAAGUCAGGCAGGGAGGUGGGGAAGAGCUCAGCCCCACUGGACUCUGGACUGUACGGACCAUCCACCAGGUGGGGGUGCCCUCAGGGAGGGGGGCAGCUCCUGCAUUGGUGGCCAGCCCACUGGGUACUGAAAGACAGUGGUUCUGAUGGGUUCAGCCCUGGAGAGGAGAAAGGUAGAGGAUUAGAACGGGGCACCUCACAGACCCACUUCGCUCUUCUACCAUACUGGCUGUCAGGAAGGGUAGCCACCUGCAUGGCCCUUCUGGAAGUAGAACCUUGAUAACAUGCAGACCCUCUGAGCCAGCCACCUCUUCUCGGAACUGAGCCCAAGGUGGGGGCUAGCCCCAGAGACUGGCCUUGGGCAAUAUGGAAGUACUCUUAGUGUCCGUUCACCUGUGGGGGACUGGGUAAAUAUUUAUGCACGUCCACAGCAGAGAAUGCUAUGCAGCCUGUGUAAAAAUCAAGGCCUAUAUGCACUGAUGAAGAAAGAUAUACUAUGUGAGUAUGGAGAAAAAGCAGCUUAUAAAAUAAUGUAUAUAGCAUGAUACUAUUUUUGUUUAAAGAUAUAUGACAUAUAUAAAUGCAUAAAAACAACCCUGGAAGUUACAGC